AUGGUGGCGGUGGAUCAUACGAAAGAUCAGUUGAAACAAAUGAAGAAAGAGAUGGAGUGGGAUCAAGGAACAGAAGAACCAUCCGUGCACAUCGAUGCAUCAACGAUGCGGUUCAAGGCAAAGAUGAAAUUCAUUAUGACGCUUGGACCGUAUAUCAUCCCACUGACAAUGGUGUAUUGGGCAGAGUAUACCAUGCAGACGGGGGUGUGGUCGGCGAUUGGAUUUCCCGUGGAAAGUAAGAAGGCUCGGACUAGUUUUUACUCGUCAGCAGGUUUUGCGUACCAAGCUGGCGUCUUCAUUUCGAGAUCAUCAGGUGUACUUUUCCAGGCAACGAGGCCGAUGUUGUACCUCAUGCCGGCAUUGCAAAUGAUACUGCUAGGAUUUUUUACUGUUGUGGCGGCCACGCACUUCUGGUACAAUUGGGGGUUGCUGUUUGUGUGCUUCGUGGUUGGGUUGCUCGGUGGUGGUGUUUAUGUGAAUGCCUAUACGUUGCUGUCAAAGGAGGUUCCGCCAAGCCAUGUAGAGUUAGCACUUGCGGCCGUGUCCGUUGGCGAUACGGUUGGGGUCAUGUUGGCAGACUGCGCUGGUUUAUUCCUUCAGGGUUGCCUGUACUCCAUCAACCACCUCCCAGGCGCCUCCAUCCAUGUGACUUGUUGA